CAACUAGUGCAGGUUGAAAAGUAAUCUCGUGCAUGAUGAAGUACGCGUACGUUUUGACGGUUCUAGUGAUGUGUUUGGUGGCGGUGACUUGUGAAGUGCUUGAUGAAGAAACCCAAACCGAUGAAACAACUGUUGCGAAUCAACAGAGUGAACAACAAGCUCAAAAUGUUCAAGAGAGCUUGUUCAAUAUACUUGAGCGACUUGGAAAUUCCCUUAGUAUGAAUCGAUCUAAAACAGUGAAUAGAACUGGCAAGCAUUACUGGAAUAUUAUUAAAAAUCUCUCGUUCAACAUUAAUUUGAACAAUAAUAAAACUGAAGGAAAUACUGAUAGUAGCAUCGAUUCAUCGUCAAAUGUGGCCGCUAAAAACUCUGAGUUUCUGGAACGACUGACCAAACUAGAGAAAGAUGUAGCUACCUUGCAGCAGAAUCAAAAGUUGAUUAAUGAUGGCUUCAACUCCAACAACAAUAAUUACAAGCAGCUUCCCGAAAACGCCCUAGAUCCUUGCGAAACGGCCCGCUCAUCCGGUGUGUUCAAAAUACAGCAGCUGAACCAAAAUGUCUACUGCGAAAUGGACACCUUCGGUGGAGGUUGGCUUGUAAUUCAGCAGCGAGUGCGCAAACAGGACGGUUUCCGGCUAAAUUUUGACCGUUACUGGACAGAGUUUCAAGCUGGCUUUGGCACCGUCGAGAAGGAUGGCGAAUUUUGGCUGGGCCUGGAGACGCUGCACCAAAUCACCCACAGUGGCGAAUAUGAGCUGGCUGUUGAGUUUAGGGAUAGCAACGGAACGUACGGAUAUGCACGGUAUUCGAAGUUUCGUGUCGGGGUGGCGUACGACAAGUACAGGCUAACGGUCGACGGUUAUUUGGGAACGUUGGGCGAUGGAUUGAGCCGGCAGAAUAAUAGUAGAUUUACCACGUUUGACAGUGACAACGACAGCUGGAAGGAAAACUGUGCAAAGAAUUUUGCAAAUGGUGGCUGGUGGUAUAGCGAUUGCGGCAGUGCACCCAACUACAGUGGAGGACCAUGGUGGGAUAAUUUUUCAAACAAUGUUAUUUACAAAAAUUACGGAACUUACGUAAGAAUGAUGAUUCGUCAAAAUAAGUGCUCAGUAUCAUUGAACUAACUAAUAAACAAAUCAAGUGCCUGAAACAUUGGUUUUGAG